AUGCUUUCCCCUAGCCCAAAACCUCAUCCCGUUAUAAUCGUUGGGGCAGGUCCGGUUGGUCUAAUUACGGCGGUAAACUUGGCAAAACUCAAUGUGCCAGUACUGGUUCUAGAGAGAAACCAUCAAGUCGACCAGUCUCCCCGCGCGGCUGUUUACCAGCCUUGUGCACAGGCGGAGCUGCUCGAGUCUGGCACACUCGACGAUGUCCGGAAGGAGUCUGUUCUCAAUGAUGUCAUGACUUUCUGGAAGAACAAGGAAAGGGUCGCUUCUAUCGCGAAGACUCAAGAUGCUGAUGUAUUCCCUGCCGGACUCAAUUGCCCGCAACCCAAGCUAGCCAAAAUCUUGGUCGACCAUCUCCUCAAUAAAUACAAUGCUGAGAUCAAGUUCUGCCAGAAGGUCAUUCAAAUCGACUCCGACACUGGACAAGAUACAGUCGAAGUCGCGGCUUUAGACACUAAUACAAACCUCGAGAUCAGAUACACGUGCAACUGGCUGGUAGGGGCCGACGGCGCUGGGUCAGCCGUCCGCAGACUCUCCGACAUCACAUUUGACGGCUUCUCUUGGCCCAAGGAAGACUUCGUCGCAACCAACGUACGCUUCGAUUUCAUGAAGCAUGGGUUUUCGACCGCCAACUUUAUCAUGGACCCUGUGCACUGGUCCGUCGUAUGCAUUCUAGACGACGCUGGCCUUUGGCGUUGUGCCUUUGGUGUUAAGGCGGGAAUGACAAACGAUGAGAUUCGGGCCGAGAUCGAUGAGCACUACAAGCACAUUUUCCCAGUCUGGCCUGUCGAAUACGAGCUCGUGGAGCUAAACAAGUACAAGCCUCAUCAGAGAUGUGCCUCGACAUUUAGGAAAGGAAGAGUUUUGCUGGCGGGAGAUGCAGCUCAUAGCAACAACCCUAUUGGAGGACUAGGCUUGACUACAGGCCUCUUGGACGCGGGACCCCUCGGUCGCGCUCUUGGUGCCGUGAUAAACGGUCGAGCACCAGAAGGCCUCCUUGACUACUGGGCGAAUGCGCGUCGCGACAAGUGGCUCACUUUCACGAAUGCCUUCUCCAUUGAGAAUAAGAGAAUGAUCCAGAUGGCCGGAUACAGUGAAGACCCUCUUGGUAUAUGGGCCGAUGACGAAGUCGCCAAAGAACAUAACAUGGAGAAGUGGGUAAGGACGGCAACUCCGGGAAAGAAACAGGAGGACACUCAGUUCUAUGAGUCGCUCGCAGACCUUCAUAACCAGGAUAUGUUCCAUGUGAGGCAAUGGAGCAUUACUCUUGAUCCUCGGUGGAUGGAGGAAUACGAGGAUCCAGAGGUCGUAAAGUACAGAAUUUCCCUUCGGCCAGAUAGACUUUGAGUGUACGUAUACUGGUCCCAUCUGGACACCAAUCGGGGCCUGUGCGACUCGGAGUCACCGGAAUUAGGUUACGAGCUUCUAAAUACUGGCAAAGUGAAAGUAGCUCUCAUAUAACAAGGAUCCGCUUUUUCUUCUCUGAGUAAUGUGGAGUGAGACGAACAACU